GGCGCCGGUCGGUUGUCUACUUUUCUUCGUUUUCUUUUGCUCUCGUCCUAUAAAUGGAUUUUAAAGGGCUGGGGAGCCGUUCAUUCGAUAUGAGCAUGAAGCCCACGACGGAGAUCGGUUUGGUUUGUUUCCAAGUGGUGUUUCUGUUACCCGCACUUAGUUGGGCAUGGGCUUCACCCGUGCGAUAUCAACCGCCCUUCAAUGCUGCUGCCAUCAAGGAGUCGUUUCCCAUGGAUUUUCACGGGCAGGACAGCUCGCUCAUUGACCUCCUCAACCGGUUGAUUGCCCAAGCCAAAAUGGAGCAGGUGGCCAGGAUCCCUGAUACCGAUAUCAUCCCCAUGGUAUCUGGCCCAGAUAUGGAUGAAGCCGUUUCUGGCAUCACUGAGCUCGAGGACUUUCUUCGCCACAGACGAACCCCUGAAUCCUCGUCGCCCUUAGGAAGUGCCACAAUGGGUGAAACCCGGUUCCACUAUCCUAGCUUUCAAAAGAAGAAGCAGAACUUGCGGAGAAUGAAGGAGCUUCAGAAACUUCAUUUUCAACGAAUGAGACGACAAUUUGACGCUUAAACUCGAAUGGUUGUUGUUGGACCCUCGUUUGAUUAAAGCAUGAUGCCUCUGAAGUAGUUUGGCGGGAAAAGGCACAUCGUCUGAAGUUAAAGCCUUGGCAAUAUCAGUUCCGAAUAUUGUUCAGUAUUAUAACGAUUUGAGUUAAUCUUUUUUGCAUUAAAAUCUAGACCAAAUGCACCCAUGACAUGUAAAUAUCUUGGUAUUUAUUACAACAAAUAAACUUUGGAGGAGGU